AGGGCACACCCUGAGCGCAAGAGGGCUGGCCCAGCUAUAGGGGCUUCCAUACUCCCUCUUUCUCUUCUUGUUGAACGUGCGUCGACGCUGAGUAGACGGCGCGGAGGAGCACGGUGUGGGCUUGGCGGAUGGGAGAUGUAGUCGGUUUGAAGAAAGUAUUGGGCAAGAGACGGGGAGGGAAAGAAAGGCUGGGAGGCGGAAGGAGGCGGAAGGAGGGGGAAGGAGGAGUGUGCACUCUGGAGAGCCAUAGCCAGACAGAUUGAAGAUGGGGUUCACGGUCGCCGCGACGGGACACGCGGCUGCCGUGUGUUGUACCAGGUCACCGGGUUUCACUGCGGCGAGGACCGGUCGCUCGACAUCAACGGUCGGCGGACUACCGGUAGUGCCGGUGGCGGAAGGGUGUUGCUCAGUGGUAUGUAGGCGCUCCGGUGCAGAUGGCCAGCAGCAGCUGGACACGUGUCUGCAUGGGAUGGCGUUUCUUGGAAAUGCGGGAGGCUCGGGGUCCCGUGCUUGCCGCCGCGUGGAACUGCCGACAACGAGCGGCAGAAGAGCCGGUGGGCGACCCGGUGUGGUGUCCCCCACGGGGGUCGCGAUGCAGGACUCGCUAGCCGGGAUGGACGAAGAUCCCGUCGAGCCGCGACAAUACCCUCCAGGACUUAACCGCUAUGAAACCAUGGUUGUUAUCCGGCCUGACAUGACCGAGGAGGAGCGCAUUGCCUUGACUGAGAGAUAUGAGGAGGCGAUGAUUACGGGCGGAGCGAUGGAUGUGGAGAUGUUCAAUAGAGGCAUGCAACCACUUGCAUACAAUAUACAGACGAAGAACAUGGGUGGUGCAUCCAAUCGAUACUUGGAUGGGAUUUAUCUUCUGUUCACUUACGUGACGAAGCCAGAGAGCAUGAUUGCCCUCCAGCAGAAAAUGAAAGCGGACGACGAUGUCAUCCGCUUCACGACCUUUCGCUUGAAAAUAUAAAACGGUUAUCGAGUGUAACAUAAUGAAAUGUUUGCUGACGAAAGCGGCUUUUCAGCACUCCGCAUUAUUUCUAUGCCAUGUCCCCGAAGGGAAAGCCUCCCUUUUUCUGUCUGUAUCCUUUUUCCUUUUCCUUCCUUUCCUUUCAUUAUUGCCUAGUCGAUCGCAGUUCGAACUUCUCCUCCAAGGCCACAGCAUCGCUAACCUUCCUCCUGUCUCUACCAUUUUCUUCCUGUCCGUCUUCAAGUUGGAAAUCC